AUGGCUGUUCAGAUGGACCAUUUCAAGGAUGAAAUGGAGGUGCUGAAGAAGCUUGAUGCGGUAGACAAAAUAUGUGACAGAACAGUGGCUCGAUCAAAGAAAGAUGACAUGAAGAGGACCAGCGCCCUGUACAGACUCGAUCCUUACCUCGACGAAGAUGGACUGGUUCGAGUAGGCGGUCGCAUUACCAGAGCCAACAUGUCCCGAGAUGUCAGACAUCCAGUCAUUCUCCCUCGACAUGGACAUAUCAGUCACUUGGUGAUCAGGCACUACCACCAAUGUGUUCAGCAUAUGGGUCGAGGCAUCACUCACAACGAAGUUAGGCAACAUGGAUUUUGGGUGAUUGGAGGAUCAUCAGCAGUCUCGCAGUGCAUUUCUGGCUGUGUGAAAUGCAGAAGUCUGCGAAGGAGGCCACUGCAGCAGAAGAUGGCGGAUCUGCCAGAAGACAGACUGGAACCAACACCUCCGUUCACAUACUCAGCAGUCGAUUACUUCGGACCUUUCCUGGUUAAGGAGCGACGAAGUGAGGUGAAAAGGUAUGGAGUCCUUUUCACUUGUAUGGCAUCAAGGAGUGUGCAUCUAGAGACAGCCAACAGUCUGACCGGAUCCAGCUUCAUAAAUGCCUUGCGGCGAUUUAUGAAUAGACGGGGAGUGGUGCGACAGCUGCGAUCCGACCAGGGAACAACUUUCAUAGGCGCCCGUACCGAGCUGAGACACGCCUUAGCUGAAAUGGACCAGUCUCAAGUGCAAGAAUACCUACUGCAGAACGGAUGUGAUUGGAUACCGUUCAAGAUGAACGUACCUCAUGCAUCUCACAUGGGCGGUGUCUGGGAAAGGCAAAUCCAGACUGUACGUCGAGUUCUAGAACCCCUUCUGCAAACGGUGGGUAGCCAGCUGGACGACGAGGCCUUCCGGACAUUUCUAACAGAGGCAGAGGCAAUCAUAAAUGCAAGGCCUCUGACAACAACGAAUCUGAGCGACUCUGGUGCCCCUGAACCACUGACUCCAAAUCACCUUCUGACAGCCAAGGCGAAGGUGGUUCUUCCUCCACCGGGAGCCUUCCAGCGCGAGGACCUCUAUUCACGCAAGUGGUGGAGGCGGGUUCAGUAUGCAGCCAACGAGUUCUGGGCUAGGUGGAGACGGGAGUACCUCCAGGAGCUGCAGAGCCGCCAGAAGUGGGUUCUUAAACGUCGAAACCUUGAGGUAGGCGACAUCGUCAUCUCAAAGGAGAACGAAGAUGCUCGCGGUCGGUGGCCACUCGCACGCGUAGUCGAUGUCUACCCCAGCAAGGACGGUUGCGUCAGAAAGGUCAAGAUACUGAUAGCAGACGGAACAUUGGACAAUGAGGGAAAGCGUAAACGCCCUCCCGUUGAACUUGAUAGACCUAUCCAGAAGUUGGUACUGUUGUUACCAAGUUGA